AGUAUCGUGGUAGACGCACGCGGUUCUUCACGAUUGUUGAUAGAAGUUAGUAGCUGAUUGAACAUAAAUAUAGUUGAACUACGGACCCGUGAACGAGUUCAGAGGAUCUCAUACCUUGAACAAAUUUACUGAAACAACGAUAGUGGAGAUAUUCCCGCGUCUACAAUGUUGGAGAAUCAAACUAAAACGAAAAACUGAACCAAGAGUUAAUCGGAUCACUCCAAAAUGGAUCAUUCUGUGAAGGCGAUGAACACACAUAGAAAGGUGGCAUUUUCCCGGCUGUUAAACAGAAGAAGAUUCGAGAAUGACGAACUGGAAACAUUGUAUCAACGAUAUAUCUUCAAGAUGCAGCAGUCUUCUAUUGUUAGUGUGUUGGCGUUAUUUAUUCUCCUAAGUGCUGUGCUUACAGUGUUGCAUUUUAUCUUUAUUCGUUCACCCACCUUCGCAAACCUCUAUUUUUUAAUACAUUGCAUCACUUUCAUUGGUCUGUUGAUAUUUUCAUACACAAAGUAUAUGAAAGAUAGCCAUCUGUUAGCAUUGUGUUAUGUUAUAAUGUUUUUCCUUGUAACUUUCUGCAUUGUAAACCUCCCCGUGAACGUUGGCUCUGAUGGCACAUGGGGUAUCGGCACGUGGGGAGAACGUCAAAGUUCGGCCGAUGGUGUCUGGGAGAUAGUGUUUGUUGUGUUUUUGGUUUACACCAUGCUUCCCUUAAAGAUGUGGGUGACAUUGGGCGUAGGAAUUAUAUUACCUGGUGCACAUUUUGGCACGAGUGCAGUAUUUGCGAAAGAAUUUCCGGGACUCCGGUGGGAACAGAUGGUUGCGAAUGGAGUAACUUUUCUUUGCGUUAAUAUGGUAGGCCUUUUUGUACACAGCUUAAUGGAGCAUGCGCAGAGGAAGGCUUUUCUCGACACUCGCAACUGUAUUAAUGCCCGUCUGGAGAUGGAAGAUGAGAAUGAAAAACUGGAACGGUUGCUUUUAAGUGUUUUACCACAACACGUUGCCAUGGAGAUGAAGGAAGACAUUAUUUCGCCAAGAGAGGGACAAUUUCAUAAGAUAUAUAUUCAACAAUAUGAGAACGUUAGUAUUCUUUUCGCUGACAUUGUUGGGUUCACAAUGUUGGCCUCCCAGUGUACAGCUCAAGAACUUGUUAUACUGUUGAACGAACUCUUUGGAAGAUUUGACCAACUAGCCAAUGAUAACCAUUGCCUUCGGAUUAAGAUUCUCGGGGACUGUUACUACUGUGUUAGCGGACUUCCCGAAUCUCGAGUAGAUCACGCCCUCUGUGCUGUUGAGAUGGGUUUGGACAUGAUAGAUGCUAUAGCGUUGGUUGUGGAAGCCACAGAUGUACAGUUGAACAUGAGAGUUGGUAUUCAUACAGGACGUGUACUGUGUGGGGUUCUGGGCCUGCGUAAGUGGCAGUAUGAUGUAUGGAGCAAUGAUGUGACACUGGCCAGUAACAUGGAAGCAGGCGGUGAGCCUGGACGUGUUCACAUCACUCAGGCCACGUUUGAUUUCCUUCAUGGAGAGUAUGAAGUUGAGCUUGGACGUGGGGCAGACAGGAACAUCUACUUGAGAGAAAAUAAUAUCAAAACAUACUUUAUUAUAUCACCUGCUCAACGAAGAAAGCCACUACUGUUCAAUACACUGCAAGUGCGACAUCUUGCUGGAUCAUCUCGUCGAAAACUCCCUUUCACAAAUGUAUCUAAUAUGGUAGUUCAACUUCUGCAGUCCAUGAAGUAUAGCAUGGAUGUUCCUUUCUCCAACUGGGCUGCUAUUCCAUCAACUGCUGAUAAACAAAACUCAAAGGUAAAAAUGGCAGAUAAGAUCAGGAAGCCUUUCAAGAAGAGGCACUCCUCAGUUUACCAUCAGCCAACAAAUCGAGUUAACAAGUACUUGGCCCAAGCCAUAGAGGCCAGAAGUGUAGACAUGGAAAAAGCUACUCAUGUCAGUGUAGUGACACUCUGUUUCAAAGAUAAACAGAAGGAAAGACAAUAUCAGGAAGACAAAGACUAUGGCUUCACUACAAGCAUGGCUUGUGCCCUAGCAAUUUUAUUGUGUAUUGGCUGUAUACAGGCUAUAAUAUUGCCUAGAACUCUCAUUUUGAUAGUCCUGUUUGCUGUUGCUUUUCUUUGGAUAUCAGUACUGUUUGUAUUAUUAUUGGCUGCUCGAACAAAGUGUAUUUCAUGGGAUAUUAGCCGAGUAUUUCUCCUUCGACUUGCCAUGACAAUUUUUACUGUUGUUUUGGUAUAUUCUGUUGCUCAAGUCAAUGUGUUUUCCUGCUUCAACAAACCAGUUUGUGUUCCAUCGACAACAAAUAUCACACAGGCACCACUGAUGUCUGAUCAUCGAUCCUGUCCUUUACCACAAUACAUAUACAUCAGUUGUUGUUUAACUUUCUUUCCUAUUGUCAUUUUUCUCCGACUUUCCAUUCUCUUGAAAGGAGCCCUGUUGUUACCAAUGGCAGCUAUUUUUCUUCUAGUAAUAGAAAUGACACAUACAUCAAUAUUUGAUUGUUAUGACAUACAAACUGGGUAAGUAUUCC